AUGAGCGAUGAACUUAUUCUCAAAAUAGUUCAGCAAUUAGAUAAGAAAAGAGAUUUUAUUCCAAAACUUCAAGAUAAUUAUGCUCCUGGUUUACCCGAGGAACAAAUCAAUAAAAUUGUGCAGGAAUUGUCUGACCCCGAUUUGGUUAUUUCACCCCAAAAUGCCGAAGAGGAAUUAUUGUUGAUAAAAGUGCUGAAUAGAAAAUUAGAGGAAGGAAAAAUUAAGGCAGAAAUGACUAACGAUGUAGACAAAAAAACAGCUCAAGAGUUAUUGCCCUUAAUUGAAGCCUUACCCGACCAUGAUAAAAAAAUAGAUUGGGGGGGAUUUUCUGAACAUUUUGACUUUGGAGUUUAUGUUUUUUCCAAAACAACUCAAGAAGAAGAAUUAAAAGACUUUCAGAAAAUGAGAAAAAUGUAUGAAAGUAAUAGCAAGGAGUUAGAUGGCGAAGGCCGAACUCAUGACCAAGUUUGUAGGGCUGGAACAAGUCAAGGAGGUUCUUAUAUUCCUGUUUGA